ACUGACGGGGAGGCUGACCAAUAAGAACACUCGCUCCUCAUAAACCACGCCCACUCGUGUCUCAGCUAUUCCUACUCGGCUUUCCCAGUGGCUCUGUGGAACAUCAAAGAGAGUUCCUCGACCGGAAGUAGACAAACUUUUUUUUUCCUCUCCCCUCCACUGAAGUUCUGUGACUUGCGCACUAGCGGACAGGGUGUAGCCUGGAUGGUCAGAUGUAGUACUUUUCUCUCUAAAAGUUUUCCCCUCCAUGGCGCUGCUCAGGAAUCAAUAGCCGAACGAGUGGAAGGAAGGAAGUGAAGUCGGGAAGAGAAGAGAGAGAGACAGACAGAGAGAGAAACAGACAGAGAGAGAGAGAGAGAGACAGGCGUCGCGGUUUCCUGCAUGAUUUUAUUAGUCCCUCCGCACAGGUUUUGAGAAGGCGCAGGGAGUCCAGGUCGAGAAGGAGAGUGUUUUGGGGACAGGGUCACAGGACGCACGGAGACCAUCAUGCACUGCGUGGCUCUAGUUUUGAGUUUACUGACUUUGUGCGCGGCGCGCGUUCACGCAGCAAUGGACGAGUGCGUGGACGAGAGCGGUCGGCCUCAGCGCUGCAUGCCCGAGUUCGUGAACGCGGCGUUCAACGUGACCGUGGUGGCCACCAACACGUGCGGAUCUCCGCCUGAAGAGUACUGCGUGCAAACCGGCGUCACCGGAGUCACCAAGUCGUGCCACAUCUGCAGUGCCCGAGAUCCGAGACAGCAUCACAGCGCCGUCUACCUCACCGACUACAACACCCAAGCCGACACCACCUGGUGGCAAAGCCAGACCAUGUUAGCAGGCAUCCAGUACCCCAGCUCCAUCAACUUAACCCUGCACCUAGGAAAGGCCUUCGACAUCACCUACGUGCGUCUGAAGUUCCACACCAGCCGCCCGGAGAGCUUCGUCAUCUACAAGCGCACGCGCGAGGACGGCCCGUGGAUCCCGUACCAGUACUACAGCGGCUCGUGCGAGAAAACCUACGGCAAGGUGAACCGAGGCUUCAUCCGCACCGGCGAGGACGAGCAGCAGGCGCUCUGCACGGACGAGUUCAGCGACAUCUCGCCGCUCACCGGAGGAAACGUGGCCUUCUCUACGCUCGAGGGACGUCCCAGCGCAUACAACUUCGACCACAGCCCGGUGCUUCAGGAUUGGGUGACUGCGACAGACAUCAAAGUGACCCUGAACAGGCUGAACACGUUCGGAGACGAAGUGUUCAAUGACCCCAAGGUCCUGAAGUCAUACUACUACGCCAUCUCCGACUUCGCCGUCGGAGGAAGGUGCAAAUGUAACGGUCAUGCCAGCGAGUGUGUGAAGAACGAGUACAGCAAGCUGGUGUGUAACUGCAAGCACAACACAGAGGGUGAUGACUGCAACGUGUGUAAGCGCUUCUAUAACGACCGCCCAUGGAGAAGAGCCACCUCUGACAGUGCCAACGAGUGUCUGCCAUGCAACUGCAAUGGCAAGAGCGGCGAAUGCUACUUCGACCCGGCUCUGUACCGCGCCACGGGUCACGGAGGUCACUGCCGCAACUGCGCCGACAACACGGAUGGACCCAACUGCGAGCGCUGCCUGGACAACUACUACAGAGUGGGUUCAGGCCAGCGCUGCCUGCCCUGCAGCUGUAACCCUGUUGGUUCUCAAAGCACUCAGUGUGACAACACAGGUCGUUGUAGCUGCAAACCGGGUGUCAUGGGAGAUAAGUGUGACCGCUGCCAGCCCGGAUUCCACUCGCUGACCGAGGCAGGCUGCAGCCCCUGCUCCUGCCACCCUGCCGGAAGCACACAGGAGUGCGAUGUCAAUACGGGACGCUGCCAGUGCAAGGAAAACGUGGACGGCUUCAGCUGCGACAGGUGUAAGCUCGGCUUCUUCAACCUGGACCCUCAGAACCCUCAGGGAUGCACGCCAUGCUUCUGCUUCCACCAUUCCACCGUGUGCGAGAGUGCAGAAGGCUACAGCGUGCACACCAUCACGUCCACCUUCGACCGAGGUGACGAAGGCUGGACGGGUCAGCAGAGAGACGGCUCCAGCGUGGCAGUGCAGUGGUCUCCGAGCUCUCACGAGAUCUCGCUUGUUUCUGAAGACUACUUCCCCAUAUACUUUGUGGCUCCAGAGAAAUUUUUGGGGAACCACGUCCUGAGCUACGGUCAGAACCUGACCCUCAGCUUCCGGGUGGAUCGGCGUGACGCUCGUCUUUCAGCCGAGGACGUGGUGCUGGAGGGGGCAGGACUCCGCGUCGCUGUGCCCCUCAUCGCUCAGGGAAACGCUUACCCCGGAGACCAAAUGCAGACCUUUGUGUUCAGGCUCCAUCACACCUCAGUCUCUACCUGGAGUCCAGAGCUUGAGCACGGAAAGUUCCAGAAGCUCCUCCACAACCUUACUUCCAUCAAGAUCCGUGGAACCUACAGCGAGAGAAGUGCCGGAUAUCUGGAUAAUGUGUCUUUGGUGACUGCGCGGCGAGGACAUGGGGAUCCAGCGCGCUGGGUGGAGAAGUGCUCGUGUCCUCCCGGCUACGAGGGUCAGCACUGCGGGAGGUGCUCUCUUGGAUACAGGAGGAGCCGACCAGAGCUGGGUCAAUUCAGCCCCUGUGAAACCUGCAACUGCAAUGGCCACAGCGACACCUGUGACCCCGUAACAGGAAUGUGUAACUGCGAGGACAACACAUCUGGCAUGAGCUGCGAGAGGUGUAAGGAUGGUUUCUAUGGCGACGCCACGGUGGGCUCGUCUUCGGACUGUAAACCGUGCCCGUGUCCUGCAGGCGCCUCCUGCGCAGUCGUGCCCAAAACCAAAGAGGUGGUGUGCACCAAUUGUCCGCUCGGCACCACAGGGAAACGGUGCGAGCUGUGCGACGACGGGUUCUUCGGAAACGGGAACGGGAACGGGAUUACGUGCCGGGCGUGUAAUUGCAACAACAACAUCGACCCCAACGCUGUGGGGAACUGCGACCGCGAAAGUGGCGAGUGCCUCAAGUGCAUCUACAACACCGACGGCUUUUUCUGCGAUCGCUGCAAGGACGGUUUCUAUGGCAACGCCUUGGCUAGCAACCAGGCCGAAAAGUGCAAACCUUGUUCGUGCAACCGGUACGGCACGGUGAACAGCCAGACGAGCUGCAUGCAGGUAACGGGGCAGUGCGAGUGUCUCCCUCACGUCGUCAACCGAGACUGCAGCGCCUGUGAGCCCGGCUAUUACAACCUGCAGAGCGGAAAAGGCUGCCAACGGUGCAACUGCAACCCCAUCGGCUCCACUAACGGCCAGUGCGACGUUGUGAGUGGACAGUGCGAGUGUCAGCCCGGGGUCACAGGUCAGCACUGCGAGCGCUGUGAAGUCAACAACUUCGGCUUCAGCUCGUCCGGGUGCAAACCCUGCGACUGCGACCCCGAGGGCUCCCGGGCAGCUCAGUGCAGAGACGACGGCCGCUGCGAGUGUCGCCCCGGCUUCGUCGGUAGUCGCUGUGAUAUGUGCGAGGAGAACUACUUCUACAACCGCUCCAUUUCUGGCUGCCAGCAGUGUCCCAACUGCUACAGUCUCGUCAGGAACAAGGUGAACCAGCAGAGACAGAAGCUCCACGACCUGCAGAAUCUGAUCGACAAUUUGGGCAGCCAGGAUACGGUGAGCGACAAAGCCUUCGAAGACCGCCUCAAAGAGGCUGAGAAAACCAUCAUGGAUUUACUAAAGGAGGCUCAGGCCAGCAAAGAGGUGGACAAAGACCUCUUAGAUCGCCUUAAGAGCAUCAACAGCACGCUGACGACGCAGUGGAACCGGCUGCAGAACAUCAGGAACACGGUGGAAGACACCGGAAACCUGGCGGAUAAGGCACGCAGCAGAGUGCGCAAGACGGAAAAACUCAUCGAGCGGGCUAGAGAGGAGCUGGACAAGGCGAAGGAUGCCAUCAGCAAAGUGGAUAUCAAAAUUCCCACGACUACUGGAGAUCCGAACAACAUGACGCUCCUGGCUGAGGAGGCUCGCAAUUUGGCAGAGAAGCACAAGACAGACGCGGAUCAGAUUGAGAAGAUCGCGAAAGACGCCAACGACACGUCGACUAAGGCCUACAACCUGCUGAUGAAGACUCUGGACGGCGAGAACAAGAUCAACAAGGACAUCGAUGACCUGAACAAGAAGUACAAUGAGGCAAAGGAUCUGGCGAAGAACCUGGAGAAACAGGCCACUAAAGUACGAGCUGAAGCAGAAGAAGCAGGAGACAAGGCUAUGAAGAUCUACGCGAACCUGACCAGCCUGCCUCCGUUUGAUAUCAAAUCUCUAGAGGACGAAGCCAAUAAAAUCAAGAAGGAGGCAUCGGACCUGGAUAAGCUGAUCGAUAAAACCGAGAGGGAAUACAAUGAUCUGAGAGAAGACUUGCGAAGCAAGGAAAAUGAAGUCCGCAGACUGCUGGAGAAGGGGAAGACUGAGCAACAGACAGCGGAUCAGUUGCUGGCACGGGCAGACGCAGCCAAGGCCCUGGCAGAGGAUGCAGCAAAGAAAGGCCUGUCCACAUACCAGGAGGCAAAGGACAUUCUCAACAACCUCCGAGACUUCGAUAGAAGAGUGAACGACAACAAGACCACCGCGGAAGAGGCGUUGAAACGGAUCCCAGAAAUCAACGCGACAAUCAAUGCAGCCAACGAGAAGACUCGGCAGGCUGAGGCGGCCCUCGGCAACGCGGUGGCCGACGCCAAAGAGGCCAAAUCCAAAGCGGAGGAAGCCGAGAAAAUCGCCAGCAGUGUCCAGAAGGGUUCUGCUAAAACCAAAGCGGAUGCAGAAAAGGCCUUUGACGACACGAUGAAGCUGGACGGCGAGGUGAAGGACAUGAUGAAGCAGCUGGCAGAGGCAGAGACCGAGCUGGAGAAGAAGAAAGAAGACGCGAUGCAGGACAUGAUGAUGGCUUCUAUGGCAUCAGACAACGCGAAGGAAGCAGAAGAAAACGCCCGCAAAGCCAAAAACUCCGUCCGCACCGUGCUCAACGCAAUCACAGACUUACUCGGCCAGCUAGGCAACAUUGACAAGGUGGAUCUGAGUAAGCUGGACCAGAUCGACCGAUCGCUGAAGGAGGCCAAGGAGAAAAUGGCAGGCAGCGACUUGGACAGGAAGCUGAAGGAGCUGAACGACAUGGCCAAGGGCCAGGAGGAUAUGAUCGGCGAUUACGACCGGCAGAUCCGCGAGAUCCGCGCCGACAUCGCCAACCUCAACGACAUCAAGAACACUCUGCCGAACGGCUGCUUCAACACGCCAUCCCUCGAGCGGCCUUAACCUCUCCCCUCAUCCUCUCCUCCCUCCACCUCCACCACUUCUCGUCUCUACCACACCUGUCGUCAUCUAACAUUUGGGGCGAGAUGCCAUCCUUUACCAAAAUCUCACUGUGUUUUGUUUUUGUUUUGUUUUUUGUCUCGUUUGUUUUAGCUGUGUUUUCUUAUCAGUGAAGCCACAUUUUUCUUUUUUUUUAAACUCGACAAUUCACAGACAUUAGCAGCUUUUUUUUAUUACCAGAUAUUCAAUCAUACUACCGUGUGAAAAGACAGGCUUGGAGAGGUGUCUUCUUGAGGUCACCUCCAGAACUUUUAUUCCUCCUCCAUCCUGCCUUCAAUCCCAGUGCCAUGCAGUCACGUCGGUUUGCUUGGAGAAUUAAGUGAUUUCUUUUUUUUUUUUUUUUUUUUCCCCCCCCAUCACAUUACUUUAUAACGCCAUCUAUUUACCAUUUGGUUCAGAAAACGGACAGUGAAGGAAUCUUAUUUGCUGUUUUCUUGGUAAUCUGCCUCUUCUCUCUCUCUCUCUCUCUCUCUCUCGAAGUUAUAGAAGCCUACUAUCAGCGGCCGUGCAGAGAGAGUUAGUAACACACACUACAGUACAGUAUUCAGCUCAUCUCGUCUUGUCUCACGAGCGUAUCCAGCUCACGUUCAGCUCAGUGAUCUAAACACGUUUCACACAGUUCUUUAACGCUACGUUUAACGCCAUCGUCUUCUAUAAAAGCUGCUGCUUACUUAUUGCCAAUCUCGCGUUCACGGUUUUAUUUUCAAGGCGAAAAAAAAAUUCAACACUAUGCAACUUUGUACAUUUGCGUAGCAAGACUUACCUGAUACACUGGUGCUAAUAAUUAUUUCAAAUGUUAUAUUUUUGUGUGAAUGUUUUUUUUUUUUUUUUUUUUAAUUAUUAUGAUGAUAUAGAGUGAGGAUUUUUUUUUGUGUAAAUAUAUUCUUAAAUGUUUCAGGAAUGGCUGAUUUUUUUUUUUGUUGUUUUUUAAACUACACCGCCACCCUGCCAGCUGUAGGUUAUUUCACCUAAGAGAAAAUCAGCUAAAAUCUCCACCUCCAUAAUAUAUAAAUCUAUAUAUAAGACCUGUGGUAUAAUAUGCUUGCUUGUAUACAUGGCUAAUUUUUUUUUUUUCCCCAGUCGCCUUAUAGCGCUGCCAUUUAUGUUAAAUUGUGUUUAAUUCUCAGCGGGUGGUUAAUAAAUAAAAACAAGAUAUAACGCUUUUGUACAAAGAACACUCCCUUAACUAAAACUGUCCGAAUGUGUACACUAUGUCUAACAUUUCAAAAAGUGUUGUGACAGAAAGCUGGUCAUGUGACUAGUUUCGCAGCUAUGACUGUGUCUUGUGCCUUAACUGCUGGAGAAGAUCAUCAGCCCACCCAGUCCACGAUUUAUACACUAUUUUUUUAAUUAUCAUUAUUUUUUUUAUAAGGAUGUAAUCAGAAAAUGUGCACACGCUAUGCGAUUCUUGUUGUCGCUAGAUUUAAAGAAGCAGGAAGAGUAUUAAGCACUCCACUACAGAUAUGGUUUCUCAGAGUCUCUAAUGGCCUCGACACUCCUCCUUUAUGUAUCUUAUCUGGUGAAUUUAUCCAGAACGUUUCCUCGAAACCUCUCGCCUUACCGAUGUGGACACGAGUGCAACAUGUACACGAUUAUGUAUACAGCAGUAUUUCUAAUUUAUAAUGCAUCAAGUAUUUUUUUAAAGCUGUUCUUCAGUAUAUGGGUGUGUGUUGCACGGUCUUUAAGUUGGUUUCCUGCUUUAACCUGUUGAUCUUCAAGGCACUCUUCACACACACACACACACACACACACUAGAAAGGGCCUGAGAAACUCCAGCUUGUCACCCAUUUGCCUGUUAAAUCGAGUUAUAACAUUUGAAUAAUAAACAGUGGUUACUUCCAGACAUGAUAAUGUGUGACCAUGGUCAUUUAAUGUGAACCAUUUAAUUGUGACUCACCGAGUCGUCUAGACGGCACUGAUUCACCUUUCACGAAUCAGACCUUAAGUAUACAACAGUUAAACCAUAAAUCAUUAGAUUUGUAGGAACGCAAAUCCGUUUUGAAGAUUGAAAGCGUAUUACUCACGGCCUAUAAUCUAAUAAAACUUUUGAUUUUCCUAGUACAGUUUGUGUGAUCAAUAUAGUUUGCAAAAUUAAUACAAAUUGGGGGGGGUCGCAUAAAUACCCUAAUAUGCACCCCGAUUAGUGUGAAGCCCAUAAACCCGUCAUCAUCAGAUAUCACGUAAUUAGUUCAAUGGAGUCGAGUUGUAUGCAAUUAAAGUAUGAUCUCAUUAUAAAUGCAUAAAUGAGUUUGUUAGAGAAAAUACCUAAACAAACAGCAUCCUGAACACCAAAACAAGUCCUGGACAAAGUUUGAUAAAAAGAAAAAGCAAAAAAAAAAAGACUAGAUGAAGGACAAGAUGGACUGACUUAAUUUCUGAUUCAUUUACUAGUUUAGUAACUUAAUUACUGAUCGACUGACUUGCUUAUUGACUUUCUGAAGUAUGUACUUACUGACUGACCUACUGUUUUACUUACUUACUAAAUAUCUUAAUGACUUACUUUAUUGAUCCCAAGGGGAAAAUUUGAAAUAUCCUACACUUUUAACAUCCUUAUGAAAUCCGUUAUUUAAAAAUGCGACAAAUUUGGCCCAACCCUAACUCUGCCUAGAGGAGGCAAUCCACCAAAAAUCAGUGGCCGGGUAAUGAGAAGCAACCAAGAGGGUGUCUAUGAAGGAGCUGGAGAGCUCCACAGCUCAGCUGGGAGAAGCUGUUCACAGGAUAACUAAAUCCAGAAAGCUGGACUUCAUGGAAGAGUGGUGAGACAUAUGAAAUCCUGUUUGAUGAAGGCAUGUUGGAGACUCGGGGAGAUGAAAAUAAAAAGAAGAUGGAAAAGGUGCUCUGGUCUGACUGAACAUUUUGGUCUUGGCAAAAAGUUCUACAUUUCCCAGAAACCCAAUACUGUUCGACACGGAGAGAACACCAUCCUCACAGUGAAUGGUGGUGGGAGCAUCAUGUUGAGCAUUACCCUUGGCCUCUAGAUUCUCUGACUGAUCUCCUCUUUACCCAAUCACUGACUUUUGGUGUAUGGCCUCUUUUAGGAAUGUUUAUGGUUGUGCCAUUUUCUUUAAAUUUGUUUGAAUAGCAGAUUUAAUGGUGCUGUGAGGGAUGUUCAAAGUUUGGGAUGAUUUUUUAACCAAACCCUGAAUGAUGUUUGUUUUGAUAGCUCCUUGCUAUUCAUAGUGCUGUUUGUUUAGAUAUGUUCUCUAACUCUAUAUAGGAGGUGUAUUCAUCUUGAGAUCACGUGUACUGGCUUUGGAAUGUUUAUGCCAGUUAAUAAGUGAAACGAGCUGGAUGGGUCACCGGAUUUGGCUAGUUUCAUUAUAGCAGAUACAAAUUCGGACUUGCAGCUGUAUUAUUCCUUCAUAGAAUCACUGGUGUUAAGAAAUAAUCAUGAUGAGCUGCAUGUUCUGAUCUCUGACUCAGCAGGUAUGGUUAGCUUGUCAUUCGGGUGACUGGCCGAAGGCUUUGUUUCUACUGAACUGAGCGGAUCUCUGUGCUGAAGCCUGUAGCACGCAUCAUAAGGACCAUCAUUGUUCCAUUUUUGGUCUGUGCAGACUGUGCACCACUUAUUUCCCCCAAGUUAUUUGCAUGCAUUAAAAUAAAGGGCCUUGUUUAACAUGCUAGGGAGUCAUUCUGGCUUUAAAGCAUGCAUAACGAUGUCCCUGUUCAAAUUGCCAUGAAAAUCUUUGGCAUUUAGACUAUAAAAAGUAUAAUCAAAUUCAUCAUGUGAUACAUGGAAUGUUGAAUGUUCUGACAUUUGAGUAAGCCUUAUUCACAUAGGAGGCCUAAAAACCUGACAUGGUAUUAAUCAAGAAAUAAUUUACUUCACUCAAGUUUACUAAUUCUUCAACAUCCAUUUUAGACAGGCUGUUUCAUGUAUAAGUAUUCCUUUAUCACCUUUAGAACACAAAUAGUGAAUCGUACAGGCUAAAUCACGCAUGUUUAAGCAGGGUGUGGUAUUGAUAGGAUAGACGUACACAGGAUGUGACUUGGGACGCAUCAUGAGUGUAGUGUGUGUGUGUGUGUUUGAGGUCAAGUUCAGGUAGGGCAUGGUGUGUGCAAACCAAGCAGGGCGUGGCUGUGUGUAUGUGUUUGGGUAGGCUUGGAAACCUCUGACUCAGCCCAUGUCUAAAGUACUUUGAUGUUGUGUGACACUCAGGGUGUAGCUUUUAGUACAAGGUUAUGAAAUCACAGCCUUGAGGUGCUGCUUUUUUUUUUUUCUUUUUUUUUUUUAAACCUCACCCAGCUGGAAUUUCUUUCCUUGCUGCAAGCUAUGUCUUUAUCUCAACUAGCUGGCAACUUUCCCUCAUCUCCCACAUAAUUCUAGGUGUGGCUGUGCCAUCUAUAUAUAAUAAAACUACAUAACAAUAAGCAUUACAGUCGGUGUUCAGGUAGAAAUGAUUUGUGCCAUUUACAAAAUCUAAUGAUAAACCGGGUUUGCACACUUUGCUUUUUCAUGGAAAUGAAUCAGUGCCAUCAGUGCAUUUAUCAGCUUGGAUAUCUUUCCAGGGUGUUUCAGCUCUUUUCCUUCUGUUGUUAUGAAUCCUACUUCUGUGAGGACUUUCUAAAACACAUCAUAAAAAAAGAUUAAGCGGCUUAGUAUAGCAUAACAACGACCAAACCACACCCGAUCUCUCUCGCACACUUUCCUUGUCAUACUCCGUCCAUUCCGUCAUAAUCACUAUCCACUGUAAUUAAAAUAUGACAAUAUAACAUUCUUAAAAUGGCUAACUAUGCAUCAUUUGUUGAAUCGGUGGUGUAGAAACAUCUCCUUAAUGUAUUAAUUAACUACUGACUAUUAUGAAAAUGUAUCACCCCAUAAACUAAAUAAAAAGCAGUUUUUCUCAUUAUAAAGUUUACCA